CGGAGUGACAGGCGGCUCGGCUCUGCACUUGGUCGCUUCCCCGCUUUCAGCCGCUGGGUGGUAUAUUUUCCUCGAUUGUGCAAUUUAUUUUCUCGUUGCUCUGCUGCAAACCAUGUCGUCCGCGAGUCCGGCUUUUCUGAUGCGGCUUAUGGCAUCGACCUUUUCCAUUGCGGAGAAGGCGCAGACCAUAGUCCAGCAGGUGAUGAGCGGAGGGGACCUGGGCAUCGUGGAGAAGACUGGAGCCAAUGAUCUACAAACAAAAGCUGAUCGAUUGGUGCAGAUAAGCAUCUGUUCAUCAUUGGCCCGUAAAUUCCCCAAACUAACUAUAAUUGGAGAGGAGGAAUUGCCAUCCCAAGAUGUAGAUGAAGGUUUAAUUGAAGCUGGUCAAUCAGAAGAAGUGUUGAAGUAUUCCUGUCCAGCUCAGUACAGCCACAUCAAGGAAGAUGAGAUCGUGGUUUGGGUUGAUCCACUUGAUGGCACAAAGGAAUACACCGAAGGCCUCCUGGAUCAUGUGACUGUGCUUAUUGGAAUUGCUUAUGAUGGUAAAGCAAUAGCUGGUGUAAUCAAUCAGCCAUAUUACAAUUAUCAGGCUGGAGCUGGUGCUGUUCUUGGUCGGACCAUUUGGGGUGUUCUGAAUCUUGGAGUGUUUGGAAUUCAAUUGAAGGAAGUGCCAGAAGGGAAACAUAUCAUCAUUACAACUCGUUCCCACAGCAGUAGGCUGGUAAAUGACUGUGUCUGUGCGAUGAACGCUGAUGAAGUAAUAAGGGUUGGAGGAGCUGGUAACAAGGUCAUACAGCUCAUUGAAGGGAAGGCCUCGGCUUAUGUAUUUGCUAGUCCUGGCUGUAAGAAAUGGGAUACCUGUGCUCCUGAGGCUAUCCUUCAUGCUGUUUCAGGUAAACUGACAGAUAUUCAUGGAAAUCCUUUGCAAUAUCAUAAAGAUGUGAAGUAUAUGAACUCGGGUGGAGUCCUUGCAACUUUAAGGAACUUUGACUAUUAUGCAAGCCGUGUUCCUGACUCUGUUAAAAAGGAACUAGUUCCCUAAAAAAAGUUCUAACUUGCUGCCUUUGUAACCUCGAGUGACCAAAAUGUUUGAAAUGUUCUUUGGUUUAAUUCUAAUUACUUCUUCAAAUAAGUUGCAGUCUGGAAGAUUAAUACGGGAGUACUUUUCACUUUGCAGUGCAAGUGCUGAUCUGGAGAGCUGCUGUUUGCCUGUUUUGUGGUUGUGCAGAGUUCAGUUGAGUUCACACUAGUACACUUUGGGUCAGCUGAAACUAAACUUUGUUGCAGAAACGUUGACUUCAUCAAAUAAAUUUUUUUCUUUGAAUUAUGUGAACUGAUACACAUGGUUUUUAUGGUUCUCUACAACAAUAUUUGAUCUAAGUUUUCACGGGCAGCCUUCUGUUGAAUUUUGCCCUCAUUGAUGAAGAAUGGGAAAUUAGUUCUCUCUAGUUCUGCUAAAUCCUUAUGUGCAAAGAUUGUCAUUAAGCUUUCAUCUUUUGUGGUGUCAAGAAAUGUUUCUUUAUAA